UGAACUUCCAGGUGGCAGCGUCAUUUAUAAUACGCGAGUCAGUCGUUCAGAACAAACCGUGGCCGACAUCAGAAUUGAUCUGAAACUAUGGCACUCAGACUAAUCAACAACGCCCUGCGCCGUCAGCUGGCUGCUCAGUUGCCGCGCAACGCUCAGGUCGGCAGCGUUGCCUCGGUUCACACGCUGGACAAGAUUGGCAAGCGUGAGAUUGUGGGCUUUGGCUGGAACGGCACCGCCUGCUACGCAGAUCGCACUGACUACCCCAUGCCCGCCGUCCGCUUCCGUGAGGCUAACAAUGAAAUCAACGCCUUGCGCACCAAGGAGCAGGGCGACUGGAAGAAGCUCAGCCCACAGGAGAUCAAGGCCCUGUACCGUGCCAGCUUCUGCCAGACCAUUGCCGAGGUCCAAGCCAGCACUGGCGAAUGGAAGAUGCACAUGGGCGUUGCCUUUAUGUUCACCGCCGCCGCCAUCUGGAUUGCCGUCCUGAUGAACCUGUUCGUCUAUGACGAGCUGCCAGUUACCUUCGAUGAGGAGCACCAGAAGGCGCAACUGAAGCGUAUGAUCGACUUGGAGAUGAAUCCUGUGACCGGCUUGACCUCCAAGUGGGACUAUGAGAACAACAAGUGGAAGAACUAAGCAACCCACAGCAAUUCCAAUUCGACGUUCUCGUUGUGUGUGAACAGUAAUUAAGUGAAAAGUUAGGCGACGUCUAUGUUUAAGUGGCGAUACCAAGCAACAAGUAACUCUAGUUGAAAUUAAAGUUAUGGCCGCUGCCAAACAAAAGAU